AUGAGAGGUUUUGAUAAUCAACUUAGUGACCGACGACUUGCGCUUGGGUCACUUCGUGCAACGCGACCAUUGACUGCACAACAUCUUGCUGAGCCAUUAUAUAGCGCCCCCCAGCUUGGUACCGGUAGCGUUGGGACUUGUCCAUCUCAGAGCGGUACUUUACAGUCACCUAACUCACAGCUGACGUUACCCACCACGGGUUCUUCAGCUUCUGCCAACGUUUCUUCUUACAGUCAAGUUGCUGGUGAAAUACGUGAAAAAAAUCCGACUUUGGAAAAUAUAUCAAGUGAGAAUUCGGUUAACCAUUCGAGUAAAAUCCAUCAUUCAUCUGCUAAACCAUCUCUACUUCGUGCACUGUUGAAGAAAAAAUCCAAGGGUAAAAAGGAUUGGUUACGUUAUUUAUUUGGCGAAAAAAGUCUGAAAAUGAAUCAGGUGCAGGAGAAAACGUUUGAACAGGGAAAUCAGCCGCCUACUGAAGGAUCCAGUACUUACGCUAGUGACCAGCGUGAUUUGGACGCGAAUUUUUCUUCUUUUGAUCUGAUGAUGAAGAGGUGCGCAUCUCCAACUUUACCAGAAGGCGCGACCCAACCAAAAAGCGAACCUCCGGCGUGUAAUGGGGAACCUAAUUUAAACGGCCAUAAUGAAUUUGUUAGGCGUCGGAUUGGUUUCUGUGACUCUGGUCUUUUAAGUUGUGUAAAAUACAAAGAGCGUAAAGGUUUUUUUGCCGAAUGUAUAGAGGGAAAAGCAAGGCGCGGGCGUGCACUAGCUUUAUGUUCUCUGUCCAUCCUUAUGUGA